AUGGUGCCUGUCCUGCUGUCCUUGCCCCUCCUUCUGGGUCCUGCCAUCCCCCAGGACACCCAAGCUGGUCCUUACUCUCUGACCUUCCUCUACACUGGGCUGUCCGGGCCCAGUAAGGUCUUCCCCAAGUUCCAGGCCAAUGCUUUCCUCAAUGACCAGGCCUUCUUCCACUAUGACAGUGGAGAUAGAAAGGCUGAGCCCUUGGGACCAUGGACACAAAUGGAAGGGAUAGAGGAUUGGGAGAAGGAGAGCCAACUUCAGAAGGCCAGGCAGGACAUCUUCCUGGAGACCCUGCAUGACAUCAUGAACUAUUACAAUGACAGUGACGGGUCUCACACCUUUCAGGGAAGGUUCGGUUGUGAGCUCCAGGAUAACAGAAGCAGUGGAGCAUUCUGGAAGUAUGCCUAUGAUGGAAAGGACUUCAUUGAAUUCAACAAAGAAAUCCCAGCCUGGAUCCCCAUGGACCCCGCAGCCCACAACACCAAACGGAAGUGGGAGGCAGAAGCAGUCUAUGUGCAGCGGGCCAAGGCCUACCUGGAGGUGGAGUGCCCUCAGAUGCUGCAGAGGUACCUGAGCUACAGCAGGAAGCCCCUGGACUGGCAAGAUCCUCCGUCUGUGUCUGUCACCAGCUACAAGGCCCCGGGAGGAGACAGGACACUCAAGUGCCUGGCCUAUGACUUCUACCCCCGAGGAAUCCAUCUGUACUUGACUCGGGCCGACAAAGUGCAAGACCCUCAGUCGGCAAGAGAAGUCCUUCCCAGUGGAAACGGCACUUACCUGUCGUGGGUGGUCAUGAAAGUUCCCCCUGGAGACAGAGCUGCCUACACCUGCCACGCAGAGCACGGUGCUCUGGAUCAGCCCCUCACGGUGCCCUGGGAUGAGAGGCAGGAGACGAGGGUUUGA